CUGCAUCAAAAGUCCAACCUCUCUGUACCGACCCACCCAAGCACGAGCGCUUCGAUCAUGUCGUCCUCUUCCUCCCCUCCAAAACCCUCCCCCUACCUCCUCCUCCUCCUCCUCUUCCUCCUCUCGCCGGAGCCCUCCGCCGGCGCAGGCGGAGGCCGCGGUCGCCACGUCAUCACCUUCGCCAUCGCCGGCGACGUGCCCAGCGGCCUCGCCUGGGACCCCACAGCCCAGCACUUCCUCGUCGGCUCCCUCCUCCGCCCCUCCGUCUCCUCCGUCUCCGACGCCGGCGUCGUCGAGGAGCUCGUCUCCGACCCCUCCGUCCCCCCCUCCUCCCCCGCCCUCGCCCUCGCCGUCGACGCCCCCCGCCGCCGCCUCCUUGUCGCCCUCGCCCGCCCCGCCGCCCUCGCCUCCUACGACCUCCGCUCCCCGCGCCCCCACCGCCGCAUCUUCGCCGCCCCGCUCCCCGACCCCUCCGCCGUCCCCGGCGCCGUCGACGUCGACCCCGCCACCGGCGACGCCUUCGUCACCGGGGGUGGCGUGGUCUGGAAGGUCGACGCGCGGGGGAUCCCCUCCGUCCUCUCCCAAUCCCCGAUCUACGGAUCCGGAGCGCUCGGAGGGGCGGCACACGUCAGCCGCGGGUUCCUCCUCGCGGCGCAAGGUAGCACGGGGAGGGUGUUCAAGGUGGACGCCGAGGACGGGGCGGCGAGGGAGGUGCUCGGCGGCGGCGGCGGGGGGGCGAAGGCGCUCGCGGCGGAGGCGAUUGCGGUGGCGGUGCAGAGCGACGGAUCGGCGGUGGUUGCGGGGGGAGGGAGGGUGCGGUGGCUGAAGAGCGGGGACGGGUGGGGGGAGGCGGCGGUGUACGACGAGGCGAUGGUGGAGGGGGGAGUGGCAAGAGGUGCGGCGGUGCGCGAGGGGAACCGCGCCUACGUGCUCGUGACGCCACCGCCGAAUGCGGAGGAGAAUGGUAAUUUGGGAAUUGGAGAUGAUGGGGGCAAUAAUGGCGGAAAGAGGUAUAGGAUAGAGGAGGUUGUGUGGGCGAAGGAGGAGGAAGGGGAGAUGGUGUGGGCAUUUGUGUUGGUGGGACUAGGGCUUGCUUAUUUCGUGUACUGGAGGUUUCAGAUGGGGCAGUUGGUGAACAACAUGAACAAGAAGAGGGCUUGAGAGAGAAGAACAGCUAAAGAGAUAAGCAUCUCUGUCCCUCUCUCUCUCUCUCUCUCUGAAAAUCUCUCUUAGAUUUUGUAUGUGUACUACUUUGAUUAACUGUAUAUUAAAUAAUUUUGGUUUGUUUGUGAUAGGAGAUAAAAUCUUUUGAUUAACAUGAUAAUCAUGGUAUUCGAUCUCUUUGUUGGUAAAUGUAGCUUUUGUUUCUCUGAUGGCUAAAUUUAGCUUGAAUUAAAGAGGAAUUGUUCUUGCUUAAUCUUCUAAA